AUGGACAACCAUGACGGCAUCGGCGCAUCGCCGCCAGCCUCCGAGCCGCACGCCACGAGGCAGGUCGAUAAUGCCAUACGAGCCAUUCAACACAAGAAACCUAUCCCCUCCAUCGACUUCUCCAUACAUGACAUGGACGAUGGUACCCAAGUCAGCACCAAAGAACGUGUUUGCAAAGACGUGCCACCACCUGCCCGCGAGCCUCUUAGCGAUGAUCAAUUUUAUCAAGACGAGGCGCGCACCAAGCCCAACCUAAAGCUUUUAAAAGACCACCUCUUCCGCGAGGGUCGCCUCACCGAGAAGCAGGCCUUGUUCAUCAUAAACGCUGGCUCUGAGCUGCUUCACGCCGAGAGCACACUGCUGGACAUCGAAGCGCCGGUGACGAUAUGCGGCGAUGUGCACGGCCAGUUCUAUGACCUCGUCAAGCUCUUUGAAGUCGGCGGCGAUCCCGCCACGACACAAUAUCUCUUUUUGGGUGACUAUGUUGAUCGUGGCUAUUUCAGUAUCGAAUGCGUCUUUUAUCUCUGGUCUCUCAAAAUUCACUACCCUAGCACCUUCUUCCUCCUCCGAGGCAACCAUGAGUGCCGCCAUUUGACUACCUAUUUCAGCUUCAAGCAAGAGUGCGAGCACAAGUAUUCGUCCACUAUAUACGACGCAUGCAUCAAGUCGUUCUGUAAUCUGCCGCUUGCUGCAACUGUCAACAAGCAGUUUCUCUGUAUUCACGGCGGAUUAAGUCCCGAGCUGCAGACGCUAGACGACCUGCGAAAGCUUAAUCGCUUCCGCGAACCUCCAACCCAGGGUCUAAUGUGCGAUCUUCUUUGGGCAGAUCCUGCGGAAGACUUUGGCGAGGAGACGAGUGUUGAGUUCUUUCGCCACAAUGAUGUCCGCGGGUGCUCAUACUUUUAUACCUAUCACGCUGUGGGUGCCUUCUUAAGGAGGAAUAAUCUUCUCUCUGUCAUCAGGGCGCAUGAAGCUCAAGAUGCCGGAUACCGCAUGUAUCGCACCAGUCAAAACACUGGCUUUCCGAGUGUCAUCACACUAUUCUCCGCUCCCAACUACAUCGACAUGUACAACAACAAAGCGGCAGUAUUAAAAUACGAAAACAAUGUUAUCAACAUUCGCCAAUUCAACCAUACCGCACAUCCGUUCUGGCUUCCUAAUUUUAUGGAUGUCUUCUCAUGGUCGCUACCAUUUGUUGGCGAGAAAAUGAUGGACAUGCUGAUCGGUAUCCUGAGCAUAUGCUCCGAGGAGGAAUUGCACGAAGACGCGUCCUCGACCUCCCCCACUGCUGUUACCCCCGGAAGCCAUGAUACAGAAUCACUAGAAUUCAGGAGACGCGCGCUUAGGAAUAAGAUUCUUGCCAUUGGCCGACUUUCGCGCGUCUUUAGUGUACUACGAGAGGAAUCAGAGGGAGUUUCGGAGCUCAAGUCCGCAUCAGGCGGUCGCCUGCCUGCCGGCACCCUUAUGCUCGGUGCCGAAGGUAUCAAGAGCGCCAUUCAAAGCUUUGACGCUGCUCAGCAAGUCGACUUGAAGAACGAAAGAUUGCCUCCGUCUCCUGAUGAGGUGAUCCGACAGACAGACGAGGAGAGGAGCCGCGCAAUGGCCCAAGCAAUGAAGGAGGCCGAUGGUGACAAGAAACUACAAGCUCUCUCCAGGAAACUCAGCGUAGAACGAAAGUAA